AUGAAAAUCUCCAAAAGCUAUUCCAUGUACUUCUUUAUUUUAUGCUUUGGAAUCUUUGGCUAUGUAACAGUGACCGGAGUCGGUAACCAAAUCUCCGAUAAGAGUUACUCAGAUGAUCGCGGAGGAGAAGGUUAUCAUUGGGGCUGUAAUGGUCAAGGAGGAUUCGGUGGAGGGGGUGGUAGCGGCGGUGGUUAUAGGUUCGGAGGUGGUUUCGGUGGUAGUGGAGACAGGGUUGGGUUCAGUUACGACGGUAGAAGUGGUGGUGGAUUUGGGUUUGGAUCCGGCUGGGGCCGCAGGGGGUAUGGAAUGGGUGGCAAUGGUGGUGGUGGUGGAGGAUUAGGGUUUGGUUACGGUGGUGAUUUUGGACCUGGUGCAGGAUUUGGACGUGGCAAAGGGUACAGAAAGGAAGUAGCGUCAUUCAGUACUCCUAGUAAGAACUAG